AUGGAAAUAUAUCAGUGUGACCAAUGUGAGAAGAGUUGUACCCAGUCAAGUACUCCUAAACAGCAUAUGCAAACACAUACCAAUGAGAAGCCACAUUGCUGUAAGCAAUGCAAGAAGCAUUUUAUCACCUCAGGUAAUCUUAAACAGCAUAUGCAAACACAUACUAAUGAGAAGGUACAUCAUUGUGUGGGGUGUGAGAAGAGUUUCACCUGGUCAUGUACUGUCAAACAGCAUAUGCGAACACAUACCAAUGAGAGGCCUUAUCAUUGUGUGCAGUGUGAGAAGAGUUUCACCCGGUCAAGUACUCUCAAACGGCAUAUGCGAACACAUACCAAUGAGAGGCCUUAUCAUUGUGUGCAGUGUGAGAAGAGUUUCACCCGGUCAAGUACUCUCAAACGGCAUAUGCGAACACAUACCAAUGAGAAGCCUUAUCAUUGUGUGCAGUGUGAGAAGAGUUUCACCCGGUCAAGUACUCUGAAACAGCAUAUGCAAACACAUACCAAUGAGAAGCCUUGUCAUUGUCAGAAAUGUGAAAAGAGUUUCAAUUGGACAAGUAAUCUCAAACAGCAUAUGCGAACACAUGCCAAUGAGAAGCCUUAUUACUGUCAGCAAUGUGAGAAGAGUUUCAAUUGGACAAGUAAUCUCAAAGUGCAUAUGCGAACACAUGCCAAUGAGAAGCCUUAUCACUGUGAGCAAUGUGAGAAGAGUUUCACCCGUUCAAGUACUCUGAAACAGCAUAUGCGAACACAUACCAAUGAGAAGCCUUAUCACUGUCAGCAAUGUGAGAAGAGUUUCACCCAUUCAAGUACUCUGAAACAGCAUAUGCGAACACAUACCAAUGAGAAGCCUUAUCACUGUCAGCAAUGUGAGAAGAGUUUCACCCGUUCAAGUACUCUGAAACAGCAUAUGCAAACACAUACCAAUGAGAAGCCUUGUCAUUGUCAGAAAUGUGAGAAGAGUUUCAAUUGGACAAGUAAUCUCAAACAGCAUAUGCGAACACAUGCCAAUGAGAAGCCUUAUCACUGUGAGCAAUGUGAGAAGAGUUUCACCCAUUCAAGUACUCUGAAACAGCAUAUGCGAACACAUACCAAUGAGAAGCCUUAUCACUGUCAGCAAUGUAAGAAGAGUUUCACCCGUUCAAGUACUCUGAAAAAGCAUACAUGUACACAUACCAAUGAGAAGCCUUAUCACUGUCAGCAAUGUGAGAAGAGUUUCACCCAUUCAAGUACUCUGAAACAGCAUAUGCGAACACAUACCAAUGAGAAGCCUUAUCACUGUCAGCAAUGUCAGAAGAGUUUCAAUUGGUCAAGUAAUCUCAAAGGGCAUAUGCAAACACAUGCCAAUAAAAUGUCUUCCAAAGAGAACUGCUCUUCAUACAAUAACAUAAAAAAGAGACAUCCAUUUAAGCUUGGAAAUUUUACUUUUAUACCGGUAGAUUCAAAUAAUCCAAAUGUUACUGUAAUACCUAAUUCAGUAAGUCAGUUUUACUGUCAUCAGUGUGAGUGUAUAUAUAGUCAAAUAACCAGUCAAAGACAUUUAUUAAUUAUUCAUAGAGAGGAGAAAUAUACAUAUAGAUGGGAAACAAUGAAUGAUAAAAAACAGUUAACUGUCACGCGUAACGGAUAUGAUGAGCAUUUAAGCGACGAGGAGCAGAAACAAUUGUUUAUUAUGCAUGCUGUUUUCAUUGUUGAGAAGAGGAGUCAUGAUGCUGUGGAAGAAUUCAGAUUAUACAGCCAUGGUUGA